AUGAGAAAGCACGCAUACACUCUCGUGCAAACUUUACCGAAAAUGCUCGAUACCUCUCUAGAAUUUAAUGAUGACUCAAAUAAACCUUCCAAAAACGAAAAAUGCUACAUUUGCACAAAAAAACCCCAAAAUUCUCGGAAAACUCUUAAGUGUCGUCAAUGCAACCAAUGAUUCUGCAAAGACCAUGCACGAAAAAACGCCGAUGAAAGAUUCCUAAUCUGCCUUAAUUGCUUCAAAGCCAACAUUCAUCAAGAACUAACUCACCAAGCAACUCUCCAAAUCAACGAUCUUAAAAACUGCAUCCAAGAAAGCAAUUCCCGCAAAAAUCAGCUCCGAAAAGACAUAAAUCAUAAAAAAACCCAGAUAGAAAAACUGGAAAUUCAAAUUAAUAACAAAAAUUCCAUAAAUAACCUUGAAAUCACUCAAAGAAAAAUUGAGCAGGAAAGCUUAAUGACAAACGCACUAACAAAAGAAAUAGAAACACUAGAAAGGGUGCUAGAGUCUUCAAAAUCAAGCGAAAAAGAAAAUAAAAUGAGGCUGGAGUCGAUUGAAGGAGAAAUUGAAGAAGUUGAAAAAUACACAAAUUUUAUGAGGGAAGAGAAAAAUAAAUUGCUUACGAGAUAUGAUGAACUUAAUAAAGAUAUGAGGGAUACUGUGCCUUAUGGGAGGCUAAAGCAAGCUGUUUGUCCAAAAUGCUGUGUGAAAAUUAAAAGAAGGUUUAGAGAUCAGCUGCUGUAUGGGUUAAGGACAGAAGGAACUGACAGUAUGAUAGAGUCAGUUUUAGCGGCAAAAGCAAGCUUUAAAGCUAUGUCAGAGACAGAUAAAAUGUCUACAAGUGGUGAUGCGUGCCAUUGUAUAAUAUUUUAA